AUGGAUAGGCCACGGCAUAAUGAUCAGUUAGCUGUGAAAAUGACUGGGAAGAAGAUAAAGAAGGAGACUCCUUUACACCUACCCAAUGGUUACACAAGCAAGAACCGCUUAAGAAGAAGCAUUGUUCCACCGCUAACCUCUUCCCCGAAGAUUAGACCAGCUGCUCUGAUAAACCGGCCCCAUGAUGUUCCUCCUCCUCCUCCUGCCAUGACUCAACCAACUCGUAACGUAGCUAGACCACCAAUGAUGGGUCAUGCAGACCAGUUUUGGUCCAAUAUUGCAGUUGAGUCUCCUCUCUCGGUUUCUCUUCCUUCAGCUAGGUUCAGUGGUGGCGGGAUAUUGCCUACUCCUGUCUCUCUGUGCAUUCCCUCUCCUCAAAGCUCGUUUGGAGAUUCAGGACCCAAUAGAAACCAAAUGAAACCAUCAAGGUUCAAUGGUUCUACAUCAAGUGUACCCAUUUUGCCCUCUCCUACGUUCGACGGUCCCGGGAUAUUACCCACUCCACCAACAAGUUUCACAUCCUCAUCAAUGCCUCAAGCUGGAAUUCUUGGUCCGGGCAAGUUUCCUCGGCCUCCUCAUGCUUCUACUGCUCUUGUUUUCUCGCCAUUGCCAUUUGGAGAAAAUACUAGUUAA